AUGGAUCUCACAACUCUGUUUCACAAUCUUCGCAAAGAAGUGUCUUGUUCGGUGUGUUCGGACUUAUUCACGGAUCCUAAACAUCUGUCCUGUCUACACAGCUUCUGCUUAAAGUGUGUAAAACAGUGGUACGAGACGUGCGGCGGCGGGGACGCCAUUAAAUGCCCGAAAUGCCAAACUCUAAGCAGAGUACCAGCAAGCGGUGAUCUUGAAGAUCUUCCAACAAGCUUUUAUUUGAAUGGCUUUAUCGAUGUUCUUGCCAUCAAAGAAUGCAAGAACACUCAACUAACAUGCGGAAACUGUGACAAGAAGAGCUCGGAAGCGUCGUAUUGUUUCCAGUGUUGCAUAUUUUAUUGUGAAGAAUGCUUACUUUGUCAUAAUAAAAUGCGAGAGAAAAAGGGACACCGUGUGUUGGCGGUAAGAGAAUUCCAAGAUAAGGACUUUGAGGAUGUAUUGAAGCGACCUGUAUUUUGUUCAAGACAAGGACACCAGAAAGAGGAGCUUAAAUACUACUGCAAUGGAUGCGAAACGGCUCUUUGUCAAACUUGCGUCAUUUUGGAUCACGGAGGUCAUGUUUUGAAAUUGAUCGAAGAAGAAGCCGAAACCAAAAGACUCGAGAUCAAAUGUGUAAUAGAAAUGCAGAGACAAAAUUUAGAAGCAAAAAUGAACAUAGUGAGUCAACUAGAUGAAGACUGUGCUAAAAUGAUUCAACAAGGCGAAGUAUUAAAAAGAGAUGUGCAAAGAUUUGCUGAAAACGUGAUCAAAACAAUUAAGGCAAAAGUGCAAAAUAUAAUCAAUACAGUGGAGGACCGAACUAAGAAGUCCAUUGAAAGUCUGACAGCAAGAAGGAACGAGAUUCAGCAACAAAUUAAAGUUAUCGAAUCAUCACUGGAAGAAGCUGAUAAACGUUUUCAGAGAAGUACCAAAGCUGAAGUUGUUCAGCUUAAAAAAAACACUGCAAACAAUUUUUGCGCGGGUGGAUCAGGCUGAGGUUAUAAAUAUUGCGGCUUAUGACCCUGAAACUCGAGGAACUUUAGUGUUCAUUAAAAAUCAGAAACUUCUUGAUGUUGUCAAGGAAGAAGAAAUUGGAUCCUUGGAGGACCCGAAUAGAACAAAAUCAAGCGAAUCUAUUGCUGAAGGUGAAGGAAGGAAAGAAGGAACUGUUGGGCGUAAAGCUCAAUUCAAAUUGAUCACAAAAAACGCAGAGAGAAAGCAGUGGUAUGAUGAGAGGGACAUUGUCACAGUAGAAUUCAAGGGCGAACAAGGACAAGAAUGCGAGACGGAAAUGAAAGUAGAGGACAUUAAAGAUGGUGGUUACAAUGUUAGUUUUUAUCCCAGAGUGCAAGGUACAUUCAAAUUGUAUGUUAAAGUAAACGAGGAACAUAUUCGUGGCAGUCCCUUUGAAAUGAACGUAAAACCAUUUCACGUUGAACCUAUUUUGUCUUUUGGCAAAGAAGGUUCGGGUGAUGGGAUGUUUAAGAAUCCUCGAGGAGUGGCAGUGAAUGAUAGGGAUGAAAUACUAGUUGCUGACUUUGAUAACCAUCGGAUUCAAGUAUUAGACAGUGAUGGUACUUUUAUGAAAUCGUUUGGCCGUAAAGGCCAAAAUCUUGGAGAAUUCAAUGGCCCGCACGGAAUAGCCAUCAACAAGGAUCGAAACAUUUUCGUUGCAGAGCGGAAUAACCAUAGAGUACAGAUUCUUAGUUGGGAGGGAAGGUACCUGGGUUCAUUUGGGGGCGAAGGGAGCCUUGAUAGUCAGCUUUUUAAACCUCGCGGUUUAUCCUUAGACAGUAAUGGUAAUGUUAUUGUUGCUGAUGCAGGUAACAAACUGAUUAAGAUCUUUACUCCGGAUGGUAAGUUUGUAAUGAAGAUAGGUGGGCAGGGUUUUUUUAGUUGCCCAUUUCACUGUAUUCAGUCUGGUGAAUAUUUUAUAGUGUCAGACCACAAUGAACACUGCGUCAGCGUAUUUAACAAGGAAGGACGUUUUCAGUACAAGGUGGAUAAACAGGGGGGAGGGGACGGUGAGUUUUCUUUUUCUGGUUAUUUGUCACUUACCCAGUCAAAUCACCUAUUGGUCUGCGACUGGGGAAAUCACAGAGUUCAAGUGUUUGAACUUAAUGGAAAGUUCAUCGGGAAGUUUGGAACAAAAGGUAGCAAGCUAGGAGAAUUUAAUAAUCCCGUAUCAGUGGCAAAUCUGAGUAAUGGCAAAAUUGUUGUCUCGGAUAAAGAAAAUAAUCGAAUUCAAAUAUUUGACCAUAUUACCUAAGAAUAUAAACAAUAUACAGAUCCCUUGUCAGAUACCUGAGCUAAGACAGACCACAAUUUGUUAUUUCGUUUUUGUUAAACGUAGAAAUUAAUUUUCUGCAGACUGCCCCUGUCCCUACGGGGGUAUUCAACUCCUUACAGAAUAGUGACAGUAUUAUAGCUGGAUCUUGGUUGCCUGCGUCGUAGACGCUCUAAACCUUCUGUAUAUAUAUACAAAUGGUUUUGAUAAGUGCGUGGGCCGGCUGCAACGCAGGCUAGAUCUUGGACUUAUAAAUUGAGGCUUAGACAAUAUAAUUUCUUAAACUUCUGCAAAGACAUGAUUCUGGACAAGACAACUACGCUUAAAAUUUGACUUAAACCGGCAUAGGCCUGAGUUAAACAUCGUUCGAGGAACCUGGGGCCUGUAUUUGCUCUGUUUGCAUUCAAGAUCAAAGUUUCAAUAAUUUUGAAAAUAAUACAGUGAAAUUAUCAGAUAACAAAGCAAAAUUGACUGGUUCAUGGGCUAGGAACUGUGCUACUAUUCAACAGGUUUGGAUUUACAAAUUUAUCUUCGGGUUCGGGCCUUUCGAGAAACGGGCCCCAGACUCCAUACAGUAACGUAUUACGUAUUGCCUUAUUAUUUUUGGCAGGUUCAAGUACCGUAUCCAUAAUUAAAUAUACCAAUUUUUAGAUCUUGAAUCUACCUCACCUGAGUUGAAAUAUUUACAAAUGAUUUACAAAAGUCCUUUCUUAUUGUAAAAAUAUAAUGGAUUUGCUUUACCUUUUAUUUGUGUGUUUAGUUUGUGCUUUGAUUUAAGGUCGACCUUAUAUAUAAAACAGACCACACUUGCUAAGCUUUAACAUCAAGUGCAAAUGUAGAAGAACUUAAAGAAGCUUGAGUAUCAGGUAUAAUUUUUGGGAGGUCAUAAACUUUGAUCGAUAUUUUAGGAUCAUCAAGGCAGGCAAUUUAAAGGAGCUGGAGGGGUGGAUAACGCCAUAACGUCACUAGUACAAAAAUAGUAGGGAAUUACCUUAGACUGUCAUGAUCGAUACUUUAAAUAGCGUCAUCAAAACACUAAGUGACGUAUAGGAUUUUAUUAAGAACCGGACAUCAUCCCGCCAUUAAUAUUGACAAGUUAUUAGUGCGCACACUGAGUCAGAAUUGGGAAAUAUUUUGAAGGAAUAAUAACUCGUUUUUAAUUGAAGUAUUUUUGAGAGAUUGCGUAGUUUCUCUGCAAAUAUAAUAUAGUUCUUAAUUUACUUCCGUAAAUAGUCGCUUCGUCUAAAUUUAGAAUUUAAAACGUUUUGCUGGCUGCAAAUUCGAAAAUGUCUGCUUUUGUCGUAGGUGAAAAACCAGGCAAUUAGACAGCCCUACUACGUGCCCAGAGGGCCGCUAGCUGAGCUUUCAAUUCUAUUCAUACAGCGAAACUACGUGCUUUACUUGGCAAACUUUGUUAGUUUAUCAGUGUCCUAGUACUUUUUACUCCUAAACAGAAUCCACAACAAUAGUUUUCGCUUAACUUAAAACAAGUUUGUUUGUAUAUCUAUUGAACUCUUUUGUGUUGAAUACCUGUAGUAAUGAUAUAUAAGUAAGUCACUUUGUAGAAUUUUUCGAUUACACCGAUUACUUCGAUUACAUGUACAAGAAUAAACGCUGUUGAAACCAAGUCAAGUUUGCUUUAUUCUCUGCUGCGUUCCAGGUGGUGGUUUGGUCCCGGUCCUAAGAGUUGUGACGGCUCUUACCCGCGAGCGAGUUGCCAUUUGAGUUUAGUUUCCCCAGUUUAGAGGACGGCUUCCAGAGUUCAAUCCCCGACUUCCCUUUUAGCCCCUAAAGUCGUUCGAAAGUGGAAAAACUUUCCGUCACAAUAUGUCUGCGUAAGGUACUGCUCCUACUGCAGAGUUUGGUAGUGUAAGCUUCCUUGCAGUUUUUUUCCUUCCUAUUGUUUUUAAGAGCCAAAUACCACCAACAUCCACUUAACUCCACACAAAUGAACAUCCUCCACUUGUAUGAGUCUUCAAACACACGACUGGUGGUGGACCAAAUUGCACGGCAUCAGUUAUCACAAAAAGUGAAAAUAUGGCACUAAAAAGAAGUAACCACCACCAGCUCGCUUGGAUUUGUGCCGGGAAAACAAAUGUGUAUAAAAAAUCAGUGCUACUGACGACGUUAUACUGUAUCAAGAGUUAAAACCACUAAAACUCUUAUUUAGUUCUCUGUUUAGCAUGGCAUCCUCAGUUGAGGGUCAAAUGAAGCCGUAGCCACCGUUAGAAGUUUAAUUCUACAGUUUUCCAACCAGCAUCUCCGUCUUUUUCUCAAGGCCGGGAUUCCGACCCGGAGCAUCGGGUAAAAUGACUGUAUCGAUUGCAUUUUCUUCCUCUCCCUUCUUCCACUCUAUAAAAGUUCGCCUUGAUCCGCUCCUCAGCUUUUUUCCCUAAACAGCCUGUUUGCAGAAUACGUAUAAAUGCACCGCCCUCAGCCCUUGAGUUUGGAAGAAAUAGAGACACAGCGCGCGAGCGAAGCGAAUCUCGCGAGAACGCGCCCCGCGUUCUCGCGAGGCUCUCCCAAAUACGAGAGCUUGCUCGCAGGCUAGGUUAAUUCAGAUCGUGCAAGAAAGCGUCAUUUUGAAAGUACCUUUUUUAUCCUUGGUGACAAAUCUCGUUUGUUUAUGACCGAAGACUGUAAUUCGAACAAUACACUGUUAACCCCGGGUGUUAGGACAACACAACUGCAUUAUAUUACAAGCACGAAAACAGAGAGAAACGUAACCAGAAAGAUAUAAUUAUUCAGUUCACGGUUGCUUGUUCACUGCACUCUGCACCCUAAAAAGUAGUUUGCAUCUUUCUGAGCUGUGGUUUUCACGGUGUCGUGCUUCAUAUAAAAGGCUAUUGUUUCUAGAUCAUUGACAGUUCGCUACAAAGGCUCGUCAGGGGCUCUAAUACUGACAAUAGUGCUCUGUGAUUGGCUCGAAGGGCCUUUGAUUCCGAGAAAAGCUAAAGAUAGAAACGUCACAAGACUUGAUUGUUGGGUGUAGAUUAGACUCUGGGACACAAAAGGUCAUUUCAGGCUGUUAUUUUGAAGAAGACAUGGAUCUCAAAACUCUAUUUCACAAUCUUCGCGAAGAAGUGUCUUGUUCGGUGUGUUCGGACUUGUUCACAGAUCCUAAACAACUCUCGUGUCUGCACAGUUUUUGCUUCAAGUGUGUAAAACAGUGGUACGAAACGUGUGGGGGCGGAGACGCCAUUAAAUGCCCGAAAUGCCAAACACUAAGCAGAAUACCAGCAAGCGGUGAUUUAACAGAUCUUCCAACGAGCUUUUAUCUAAAUGGCUUUAUCGAUGUUCUAGCCAUCAAAGAAUGCAAGAACACUCAACUAACAUGCGGAAACUGUGACAAGAAGAGCUCGGAAGCGUCAUAUUGUUUCCAGUGUUGCAUAUUUUAUUGCGAAGAAUGUUUAAUAUUUCAUAGUAAAAUGCGAGACAAAACGGGACAUCGUGCUUUGGCGGUAAAAGAGUUCCAAGACAAGGACUUCGAGGAUGUAUUGAAGCGACCAGUGUUUUGUUCAAGACAAGGACACCAGAAAGAAGAGCUUAAAUACUACUGCAAAGAAUGCGAAACAGCUCUUUGUCAAACUUGCGUCACUUUGGAUCAUGGAGGUCAUGUUUUGAAAUUGAUCGAUGAAGAAGCCGAAACCAAAAGACUCGAGAUGAAAUCUGAAAUCGAAAGGCAGAGACAAAAUUUAAAAGCAAAAAUGAACAUAGUAAGUCAACUCGAUGAAGACUGUGCUAAAGUUUUUCAUCAAAGCGAAGUAUUAAAAAGAGAUGUUCAAAGGUUUGCUGAAAACUUGAUCAAAACAAUUCAAGCAAAAAUGCAAAAUAUAAUCACUACAGUGGAAGGCCGAACUAAGGAGUCCAUUGAAAGUCUGACAGCAAAAAGGAACGAGAUUCAGCAACAAAUUAAUGUUAUUGAAUCAUCACUGAAAGAAGCUGAUAAACUCUUUCAGAGAAGUACCAACGCUGAAGUCGUUCAGCUUAAAAAAACACUGCAAACAAUUUUUGAGAGGGUGUAUCAGAAUGAAGUUGUUGCUCAUGACCCUGGAACUCAAGAAGCUUUAGCGUUCAUUAAAAAUCAGAAAUUGCUUGAUGUUGUGAACGGAGAAGAAAUCGGAUCCUUGAAGGACCUUAACAGAACAAAAGCAAGUGAAUCUGUGGCUGAAGGCGAAGGACUGAAGGAAGGAACUGUAGCGCGUAAAGCUCAAUUCAAUUUGAUCACAAGAAACGCAGAGAGAAAGCGGUGGUAUGAUGAACAGGACCGUGUAACGAUAGAGAUCAAGGACGAGCAAGGACAAGAAGGCGUGACAGAAGUGAAAGUAGAGGACAUGAAAGAUGGUACCUACCAUGUUAGUUUUUAUCCCAGAGUGCAAGGUACAUUCAAAUUGUAUGUUAAAGUAAACGAGGAACAUAUCCGUGGCAGCCCUUUUACAAUGAGCGUAAAACCAUUUCAUGUAAAACCUGUUUUAUGUUUUGGAGAGCGCGGCACCGGUGAUGGAAUGUUUAAGUAUUCUCGAGGUGUGGCAGUGAGUGACAAAGACGAAAUAGUAGUAGCAGACGACUGCAACCAUCGGGUUCAAGUGUUUGACAGUAAUGGUACUUUCUUAAGAUCUUUUGGUCGCAGAGGUGAAAAUGCUGGAGAGUUCAACCGACCUGAUGGAAUAGCCAUUGAUAAGAAUGGGAAAUUUCUCGUAGCAGACAGUUGUAACCAUAGAGUGCAAAUCUUUAGCAGGGAGGGGAGGCAUCGGGGCUCAUUUGGCGGCAAAGGAAGCCUUGAUAGUCAGCUCUCUGACCCUUGGGGUUUAUCCUUAGAUAGUACUGGUAAUGUUAUUGUCGCUGAUACAGAUAACAAACUGAUUAAGAUCUUUACCCCAGAUGGUAAGUUUAUAAUGAAGAUAGGUGGGCAGGGAUCUCUUUUUGUUCCUGUUCACUGUGUUCAGUGUGGUGAAUAUUUCAUAGUGUCAGACUCAGGUGAACACUGUAUCAAAGUAUUUAACAGGGAGGGGCAAUUUCAGCGCAAGUUUGGUAAGAAAGGGGAGGGGGACGGGGAAUUUAUUGAUCCUGGUUAUUUGUUAGUGAAUGAGUCACAGCAUCUGUUUGUCUGUGAUCGUGAUAAUAAUCGAGUUCAAGUCUUUGAACUUAACGGAAAAUUCAUCGGGAAGUUUGGAACAAAAGGCAGCAAGUUAGGAGAAUUCAAUAGACUCUUGUCAGUGGCAAUGCUUAGUAAUGGCCAAAUUGUUGUGUCUGAUCAAUGUAACCAUCGAAUUCAAAUAUUUGAAUGA